AUGAGGAGCUUUAUCUUGAUAACAGCUUUACUUCUCUGCAGCCUCAGCUGGAUCACUGUCUCAGUUUCUGAGUCUCAGACUGUGGAGGUCCGGCCUGGUGAAGAAGUCACACUGCAGUGCUCCAACAUGUCCAGAACUCCAACUCACACAUAUUGGUCCAGACUUGUCAAAAGAACCAAGAUCAGCUGUAUCUCCUCUAUGUACAGAUCUGAUAAUGAUGCUGAAUACUGUGAUGGAUUCCAAAAUGGGAAAUUCAAAAUGAGUUCCAACGUCUCUACUGUCUCUCUUAAAAUCACGCAAGUGGAUUUAUCCGACUCUGGGCUGUAUUUCUGUGGAUUUUACAUGGAUGGACGUACAGUACUUAAAGUAAUAGAUUUAAAAGUUCAAGAAAAGUCUGAUGGAAUAACAAACCUGCUGCGUGUGGUCUUGGGUGGUCAGACUGUUCUCCUUGUUAUGAUUAUCAUUGGUUUGGUUGUCAAAAUCAGGAAACUUCAGACAGCUCCUAAUGAAGAGCAAAAUACACCACAGAGUGAGAAUCUGGGCUCUGAUAACCUGAACUACGCAGCGCUGAGUUUCAAUCCAAAGCCCAAAAGAAUCCGAAGGCCUGCAUCAGGGAGAGAAGUGGAGCCAAAUGUGAUUUAUGCUGCCACCAGAUAGACUCAGGAAGCACCUGGAACUGCAGUUUAGAGGUUA